AUGGAGUGUAAUUUGGUUGUUGUUGAUUUACUCCAAGAGAAUAAUUGGAACUGGAAUGCCUUAUCUUUCAAUCUACCCUCUGACAUCAAGGACAAGAUUAAUGCCAUCCCCAUCCAAUUGUUUGGGAGAAAGGAGGACAGGUUGAUUUGGAGCCUAACCAAGGAUGGGGAGUUUAGCACUGCUUCGGCCUAUAAGCUUGCUAGCAAAGAUGAUGGUGAAACUGAUUCUUUCAUUGGAGAUUGGGUCUGGAAAUUAGAUACACUGCCUAGAAUUCAAUCUUUCUUUUGGCUGUGUCACCAUAGGAGUAUCCCAGUUAGGGAGAUGCUUGCCAUAAGAGGCCUCCUAGAAGACCUUGGUUUUGCCCCAUCUGGAGUUGUAGUGCUGCUUCAUGCAUGUGCACACAACCCCACCAGUGUUGAUCCAACCAUUCAGCAGUGGGAGCAAAUCACGCAGCUGAUGAGAUCAAAAGCAUUAUUGCCAUUCUUUGACAGUGCUUAUCAAGUAGAUGGAGGUGAAUGCCUUGUUGCUCAGAGUUAUGCCAAGAACAUGGGACUCUAUGGGGAACGUGUUGGUACCUUGAGCAUAAUUCAAAUGGUUGAAGAGAAGAUGGAACUUGAAUUGAAGACCAAAGUGUACCAAGGGCAUCUUCUUGCAAAAGUGUUGAAGGAUUUGUUUAAAUACUUUGGAACUUUGAUAAUGGUUAUAGACAAUGUUAUAUGUAUUUGA